AUGAUGUUGAAUGACACGGAUCGAGAAAAAAUUCAAGUAUUGGAAUUGGUGAGAACUCUAUGCAGUAACAUUACCAAGAGAAAGAAUUCAAAUGUGAAUGGCUCUCCAUUUUCUCCUUUCAUAUCCAAACAACAACAAAAUGGAUUAUAUUUUGCUCCUCCCACAAAGAAAAUUGAAAUUCCAUUUCUCUUCAUGAAGGGUAUUGUCCACUUUUUAAGUUAUAUUGAUGGAACAUUAUUACAAAUGCAAACACAAAUGGAUCAACAAUCUUCUCAAACUGCAUCACAAAGAGGAAAUCCUCCUCCACCAAAUGCAACAACCUCUGCUGCUACUGGUAGCAACACCAACACUGCAACGACAAACAAUUUGAGUAGUAGUGCUAAUGAUCAAAAGAAGCAAUACUUUUUAGAAUCCUACAAAUCUGUUUGCAUUGAAAUUCUGAGAGAUAGUUUGGUGUAUGAUGAAUCACUUUGUGAUACAAUCAUCAAGUGUGGAGGAUUUAAAUAUCUUGUAGAGCUAUUACUGAACAACAAAUUCUCUCAGUAUCAUUCAAGUAUUCUUUCUAGCAUUCUCUAUAUUUGUGACAAGUUUAGAACAAGAAAGUUUAUGAAGAAGGGAUUACUUGAUCUUUUAUAUUUAAUUUCUCCAUUCACAAACUAUAGUCAACUUUAUCAACAAUAUACCAUUGCAGCUAAUAAUGCAAUCAUGUUAAAUCCAAGCGCUGCACAACAAGCACAAGAUGACUUGAAUCAACUUGUAGUCGAACUUGAAAGAAGCAAAUCUAUUAUUUUGUACUUGAUGCGAUCAUGGACUGGAUUAUUUAUUGUGAAUCAAACCAAAGUGAAUAUUCUUGGAACUAUUGCAAAUUUACUCAAAGUUCCAAAUAGAACUCAAUUGAAACAUUUGAUCUUGGACUUGUAUAUUGAAAUACUCAAACAAAGUGUUCCAAGCAAAUAUCAUCAUCUCAUACCACCCAUCUACAAUGAGUGCUCGUCUCUCUAUAGAGAUCGAUCUCAAUCUCUCAAAAAGAAGAAUCAACCAAAUGCUUCCAAUGCACCAGCCAAUGCCAAUUUGGCUGCGAAUACGUCCACAGGUGUUGGUGUUGGUGCUGGUGCUGGUACUGGUGGUGGUGUAUUGAAUACAAGUUUACCGGGAAAUAUCAAUGGCAACAACACGAACUCUGUUGGCCCAACGACCUCGUCGGGUGUUAGUAGCGGUACAGGUUCAUCAUCUUCCACAACAGCCGUCGCUCAACCUCCCUCUUCAGGCUUUUACACGAGUUUCACCAAUGAUGUUACUUUCUAUGCCGAUCACAGUGCCGAUGAAGAUCGAGUUGUAAAUAUUUGUUUUGUAUUCUUGUCCAUGACCAUUUUAACCUUGAUCGAUAGUGGAUUGAUAGAAUCACUUCUCUAUCUCUCAAAACAAUCCAUGAUCAAUGGAAAAACAAAAACACAAGAGGAUCCAUCUGCUCUCAAAGAUAAAUUGAAUAUUGGAAAUGAUGAUGAAGAGGACAAGGGUGAACGUGCUUUUAUUAGCUUUAGAGCAAGUCAACUCUUACAAAGUGUCUUGCUGUUUAGCGACAUGUUGUUGAAUAAGAAGACAUGCCUCGUCAUGCAAGAUCGAUUUGACACUGAAAUUGCAAACUUCCUUCUUGGAAUUAGUAAGAACAAUCUCUAUAGUUACAAAACUCUUUCAAUGCUCUCUGCUUUCUACCAACAAUCGUUCAAUAGUUAUGCCACAGGUACUAGCUCUUCAUCCAUGAUGGAUCAUACCAUGAUUCAAGCUCCCAGCCACUUGAGUGUUGUUUCCAGCGAUUCCAACAGUAGUGGUGAUGAUCGAUUUUCAAGAUUCAGCACGAACAACAUUCCUUCUUUCUAUAUUAGAACACAAAUUGACAGUGAUAUGGAUGAUCAAACCUUUGAGAAACUCAUUCGUGAAAGUAAUGUUCUCGUCACAAAGGAUUCAAAGAGAUGGAAUUGGGAAAAAAUUUAUUGUUUAAUAUUUGGUCCUUUGAGAGUGGCUCAUCGAUUGAAAGAAGUCAUCACCAAACAAGAAAAACUGUUAAAAAGAAUUCUCAGUUAUUUCAAACCUUAUAAGAAAGCAUUUAGUGAAUUGAAAUAUCAAGAAGCAAAUCUUGGAUACACCAAACUCUGCAAUGAAUUAUUGUACAACCUUUUACAUAUGGAUGAUAGUGGAAUUCAACUCAUUCGAAGUUGUAAUAUUAUCAAACAAUUUUAUGAAGUCUUGGAAAUUGAAGUUCGAGUGGGUAAAGUGUUUCCACAAAAAACCACAACCUCUAAAACCGAUCAAAAAUUGAUUGAUUCUGAUAAGAGAAUACUCAGUGAAGAUCGAGUUCAAAAAUAUAUGGUGCGAGAUUACUUUGCAAUUAUUGGUCUCAUGAGUAGUACCAUUAAAGGAAAAGAACUUCUCGAAGAAGAGAGAAUCUUUGAUGUACUGAAAGACUUGACGACAAAGAGAGAUGAUAUCAGUCAAUUGAUUAUCAAAAAUUUAGACUAUACGCGUCCAUUCAGUGAUCGAGCAAGAGAAAUUUUGAAAGAAGCCAUGAUGAAUGGCUCCAAUACCAUUCGAUAUAUUAGUACAUUAUAUAUUAGAAAUUUGAUACGACAACAACAAUCGUAUCCUAAUAAUUUUCAUGCUUGGGGUGUUCCUUUAUUGACGAGCAAAUUAUAUGACGAUUGGGAAAAGGUUCGAUUUUCAGCCAUUAGUAUUCUCUCAGAAGUGUGUUGCACUAAUUUUGGAUCCUCUUCUUCAGAUUUAUCUGAUUUUGAGAGUGGUGCUGAAGAUGCAUUGUUGGUAUCUCCUCGAUCAGCCAAUUCAUUCAUUCAAAUGUCUUCUUCUAACACGACUUCGAAUGAAAAUCUUAGAUCCUUUGUUUCACAGAACAUUUCAAGAGAAGUUAUUGCUGAAGUGAUGAGAGAUGGUCGUGAUGGAAUGAAUCUUUUAUUGAAAAUGACAAGUUGUAGAGAAGGUAUAGAUUAUCUCAGUAGUGAUAAUAUCAAAUUAUUACAGGAACUUGUCGAAGAAUGGUUUGAGAGAGAAUCUCAUCACUAUUUACUUCAAGUAGAGUAUGGACUCAAUCGAUUCUAUCAAAUGAAUGUUCUUUCCAUUCACUCUGCAUUUCCACCCUCAACAACAUUGUCAACACUUGGCUCUUCAUUGAUUAGUUCUCUAUCUCCUUCGAGUCAUCAUCAUAGUGCUCUUUCAACCUCCACACCAACAGGAAAAGGUGCUCAGAAUCUGAGUGGAUCCUAUGACUAUGCUAAACAUGGAGUUAUUUUACAAAGUAACUUGUAUGGUGAAUUGUGUCAUACCUUGGAAGGAUGUACCAUUUUAACCAAUGAUAAGAAUAGGACUCUUCAUUCAUUGUGUCAGAAUUUGUUAAAUGUGUAUCAGAAAGUGCUUGUAUCAGCGAGUGGUAGUACUACUGGUCAAAAUAGUAAUAGUAGUAAUAGUAGUAGCAGUAGUACUACUAUUACUCAUGUGAAUGCAACUACCACUACCACCACUACCACUACUGCUACCACUACAACAACUUGGCCUCAAGAUUUUUCAAUGAAUUUGGAUGGCUCUGAUUAUUGUGGACAAAUUAACAGCCAACAAUUGGUACAUUUGUGGUCUCUUGCUUUUUGUUGCAGUACCAACACUGGAUAUGAAUAUUGUAAUCGAUAUAUUCAACAAGUGAUCAUUGGAUAUGAAAAGAGCCAUCUUCAACAAGAAAAUAUAGAUUCUACUACUUUGAAUCGAUCUCCUACAAAUAUUAACAACAAUGGAAGUGAACAAUUUACUGUUGCUCAAUAUUUUGUAUUCAUUGCACAACAAAGUAAGGACAUUUCAUUGAGAGGUACCAUGUUGUAUUUACUCGGAAUUCUAUCCAAAUGCAGUCUAGCAAGAAGAGAUUUAUUAGAAAUUGGAUAUGAAUGUUCUUAUCGAUAUGCCAUUGCUGUACCUAAAGAUAGAAAACAAUUUUUCAACAUUACUGAUGAUUCUGAAAAGAGUAAUUCAAAAAUUGUAGAUGAAUCACAGCAAGAGUACGAUCAUGAUGAAGACAUAUUGUUGGAAUCUAUUUUGAAGGAAUCACAAAAUCAGGACAUCAUUAAGGAAUUAGUAUCCAACGUAACCAAGAUUGCAAACCCUGUUCAUGAACAACAGUCUUCCAUUAAUUUGCAAAACUCAAAGGCCAAAGUGGCCAAGAUCCUUACCAACAAUGAGAAGUCAAAACUUAUUUAUUAUUUAUUAGGGCAUCAUUUUACCUAUUACAAGUACAAGUGGAAAAUUAUUAAGUUUGUAAUUAAUGACCUUUUGGGAGGAAACAGUAGCAUGUUGUGCUCUUCUAUUGCAACGUCGAACUUUGAAACAAAUUCCAACAUGAUCAAUUCUGCUGUUGAAGAUGAAUUAUUUGUCAUGAAUACUCAUUUGCUUUGGCUUGAUGCAGAGACCAAUGAAAAUAACAAAAGGAUCGAGGAAAGACAAAUAGCAAAAGAAUCGACGAACAAGAGUUCUUCCAACAAGUCGGUCAAAAUUUCCACUGAAACAAGCAAGUAA